UGUGUGUACGGAUGUGUGGGAAAGAGACAGUGCAGCAUGCAUGCAUCGGGUCUCGUUGAGUCUCGCGUGUGUACAACGUUAAUAAAUUAAAAUGAAUCUAUUUAUUGCACCUAAUUCUCUUCCCUGUAACAAUAACUAUAGGAAUAGAGAGCAAUAAGAAGAUAAGACGAAACCUGCCACAUUAUUAACGUUUCUCAACGUACACGGUUAUUACAUUACAUAUACGCGUUACGUGUACCGUAAAUAAUGAAACAGAAAAUUUCAAGCUAAAAACUCGUUAAUCAAACUAGAAAUACAGGGUACAUUUUUUUUUUUUGUUGUGAAAAAGAAACGAGAAACAACGUCGACAGCUGCAUUCCAAUUACCUUAUCAACUCGCUUGUGGAGGAUUCUUUAUGGUUUCUACUUUUCAAUCUAUUCCUCGGCCAGUGAUACAAUAAAGGAAGAAAUAAUCGUAAGUAUAGCUGCAAAAGUUCCAAACAAACCAUCAUGGAGCACUCGGACUUGGUAGCAGAGAUGAUGCACAUUGAGAGAUUGACGACUCAGGAACGACUCCAUUUGGCACGUCAUCGGAGGCUGCAGCAGCUGAAGCAAUGGCGUCAUCGAGAAAAAGAAUGGCUCCGUCACCAGAAUAAACACCCAAGCAAUAAACGUCACAUAUUUUUUAGCGACAGCGUUAUGCUUCUAGAAGCUGCGGCUAGAAACGAUCUCGACGAAGUGAGAAGGCUUUUGAAGAAAGAGGUGAAUCCUGAUUCUACCAACGAGGAUGGAUUGACCGCGCUGCAUCAAUGUUGCAUUGAUGACAAUGAAGAAAUGAUGAAAAUACUCGUUGAAUUUGGAGCAAACGUCAAUGCGGAGGACAGUGAAAAGUGGACGCCACUUCACGCUGCUGCGACUUGCGGCCAUCUUCACUUAGUACGCUACCUAAUUGCGAGGGGUGCUAACUUACUGGCCGUCAACGCGGAUGGAAAUAUGCCGUACGACAUAUGCGAGGAUGAGAAAACCCUCGACUGCAUAGAAGGUGAAAUGGCAAGACGUGGUGUUACGCAAGAAUUAAUUGACGAAACUAGGGCUGGAACUGAGGUGCAGAUGUUGCGAGACCUGCAGAAGAUCGCAGCCCAAGGCGGUGACCUAGAAUAUACCGAUCAUCAAGGUGCUACACCUCUUCACAUAGCAGCAGCAAACGGGUACCUCAGAGUCGUUGAAUUUCUUCUUGAUCAGCACGUUUCAACCGAUGUUGUGGACAAUGAUAAAUGGCAACCUGUUCACGCAGCUGCCUGUUGGGGACACCUCGAGGUGCUUGAGUUGUUGGUACACAAUGGAGCUGACCUGAAUGCGAAAAAUAAACACGAAGAAACUCCUGCCGACAUCUGCGAGGAUCCCGAACUGAGAGAGAGAAUUAUGGAGCUGAAAACCGAACAGGAGAGUAAACGACUGCAAGAAGCCCAGAAGCGAAGAGUACGAAGAUCUCAGAGUAUAAAUACGCGAACGCAAAGCGUUCGGCGAACAUCUAUCAGGGACAAAGUACUUACCACGAAAAAAGACGCUCAGGAGGAAGCUAGGCUCAGGAUACAAGCACAGCAGACUUACGUUGGUGCACCUACACAGAACAUAACACCAACAGAGAAUAGCACCAACGCACACGAUGCAACUUCGGAAGACACAGAAUCGACCAGCUUAACUCCCGCGGUGAGGCGAGGGCCCGAAGGGAAGGACAAUGAUUCGUUUAUGCAUGAAGACGUGGAUAAGGACUCAGUCGCAGGGCCUGACCCGCCUGUCGGCAACCAGCAGUCCUCCAUUUACACAGCCGAGACCGAUGCUAAUGGCAAGAUCAACAUACACGUGUCUGUAGUGUUCGUCAAAUCACUCUCGGACCUGAAGAAGCAGAGGGCCCAGAAUCGUCACACACCCACAAACUCGGUGGACGCCAAUGGCAACGGAGUACCGACGCCCGUCUCUUCGAUAUCCGGCUCAGAGUUAAACACCAGAGACUUCCAGAGGUUCACAGGAAACACCAGCGACAUCCUUGCAGAUAGUCAAUCGGAUAAGGGCUGCUGCGUCUUGAUGUGAAGCGCGCAGUGAGUUGUGUUAUCUCAAAUACUUCAAACGCCGCACCAGUUAUUUGAUUUUAAAUUUCUAGAGUAGAUAGUGUAUUUAUGUUCCCUUAUCGCAUCACAGUUCACAGGAUACAUUCCAUAUAAUUUAUGUUGUUAACUUUGUUUUUUUCUUUUUUGUGACAAUACAUCGUAGUGUAAGUCCCUUUUUUUUUGUUGUAAAUCUUGUGCUCAAUAUUACCAGUUAUUAUCGUAUUCCUGUUGGAAUUCAAUUAUUCUUUAUUAUUAGACGUUUGUAUGUUAAGCAAAGAACGAGCUGAAAAGCUCCUGUUUGGUCAAUUUCUUAAUCUAUGUAAGUAAAAUCGAUACCAUUCGGUAUCUAAUGAAAUAGUUGUUCGCAAAUUAGGAAAAUGGUAAAACUUUAGAAAGAAUCGAAUAAAUUACGAGUUUAUGAACUAGUAUUAAAAAAUGAUCCAAGUUUCACUUGCGUCCUUGUAAAAAUUGCUCCAACAUUUUUUGUCCUUACAAAAGCAAUUAUGCAUUUAGAUAAGAGCGUUUUGGAAAUGCGAGGCUCUUGAUUCUGAAACAGUCUACGCAUUUUACACGUAUAGUUUUUUUCCUGACACUCGGGUGAUAUGUGUCGUAUCUAUUUGUAUAAUAAGUUAUAUUAGCAUAGUCUUAGAAACUCACCGGGUGAAAAAGUUUUUCUCUAUUCACAGCAAUAUUUGUUGAAUUUUUCAUUCAUUUCGUUACUUAAUCGUAUGGUAGUCGGUGGCACUAUUUUAUGCAUUUGUUAUCGAAAAUUUUCAACUCAAAAUCAAAGACACGAGCCCACCAAAGCUUAAUGAAAGAUAAGUGUUAAAUAGUACAAUGCUUUUUUGCAUUCUGAUUCUAAAACCGCUCUUCUCAUUCGAAUUGAAAUUCUCAUUUUUUACAUUUUAUUUUAUUCUUUCAUUUCAAUUUAAAAUCAGUGAAUAAAAUUGAAAUAAUUAGAAACUAGUGCCUAAAAUGGCGCCACCUUGGAAUCUGCGCUACGUGUCGUUGAAGUUCAAUUAACUCAAAGUUGGCGUAUACCAUCAAUGAGUUAAAUUGAGAACACAUGCACUUGACUACGAAUGAAUUUUGUGAAAAUACUUAAUUUGUUAUUGCUGCAACGUUUGCCAUAGUUAAAAACUAACAAUAAAGAACAAGAAAAAAAUUUUUUCUCACCUUCAAAAUUAACUUUCCUAAAUUUAAGUUACUUGAGUCAUUAUUUUAGUAUUAGACAAUUGAUAAGCCAGUCAUGAUUUCGUCAUAUUUACAUUUCUGUUAAGAAAUAUGAAGUUUUCUGUGAGUUAUACGUAACACUUAUACCCGGACUUUAAUAGAUAUUUUCAUGAUAGACGUUGCGGGAUUAACAAGUUGACGUAUACUUGUAUUCCGAAUAUCUACUUAUGUUUUCACACAGCACAUGUAAUGUAUGUACGUUUCAUUCCUUCUCUUGAAUUCGACCCUUACACAAUUAUGCAAUAGUUGACGUAUUUUGAUAUUCGAUCCAUUGAUUUUAAAAGUGGCACAACUCCGUCGUCAGUAAUUAGUUUCAAGGCUAUUCAUUUUUUUUCACCAAAUUCCUACCGUAUUCAACAACUUCAGCUAAUCGUAAGAAUUGAGUUGUACUAGGUUUAUAAUCAAUUGCUCAUUUAUGAUAAAAAAAAAAAAAAAUAAAUAAAUAAAAGAGAUUAAAGAAAGUGCCGAAGAACUGUGGCAACGUAAUAUUACAGUUCUGUAUACAUUCCUAAGAUCAAAACACCUUUUUGUAAUUUGUGAAAGAAGAAAUAUUCGACAAAAAGAAGUAUUAUUACAAUAGGUAUGUACGUGCAAAGAUGGGUAUUAAACUGACGUAUAAACAAACAUAAUAUAACUUUUUAUAUUUUUUUUUUGGCAAUAUGAAGAUAAGCGAAGGAAAAAGAAAUAAGAAAAGGAAAAACUAUCUUUCUUACUUACAAUUAGCAAUAAGAGAUCGGGAGGCAUAUGUACUUAAUAUAAUAUUGCUUCAAAAAGAAAACAUUCCAACUAUAUAGAUAUACAUAUAUAUGUAUAUAAUAAAUAUAUAACGUUUAACAAAUGGUAUUUUGGAGAACUUUAUGCUUAUAAUAUGAUAAUAGAAAAUUAUUUAAAUGUGUAUAACAUGUAUUAUUUUAUAUAUUGUAGUAUUAUCAUUAUCGUUUGAUAUAAGAUCAGCCUUAUUGAUGUUCUGUUUUAUCUCAUUUUUUUUUUUUUACCGGAUCAUAUAAUAUAUAAUGCACAGAAAUUGUAAAUAACUUGUACCUUAUACGUCUCACAAAUUGUAAUAAUGAACCAAUUGUUUCAAUUGAAAACGAAAGAAUCGAUUGUUUCAAUCGUAUAAAUCAGCGAUGCUUUAAGUAUAUAUAAGUAUAUUUUUUUCGGAACAAAAAAGAUGGACGAAUAUAAAAUAAAACUGUGGCGUUAUGGCGAAAUCAACUAACAAUUCUUUGCCGAUGUUAAAAUUAUUCAGUCAUGCUUUAAUCAAUGUCGAUAAAUAUAAGAAUAUAACUAUAACAUCACAUAUGUAUAUAUACACCUAUAAUUUGCAGCUGUACGAUGUACGUUAAUAUGUUUAAUCGGAAUGUUACAAAAUCAAUUCCACGCGUAUGCCAAGUUAAUGUAAAGUGCAAAAAAAAAAAACAAACAAACAAACAAACAAACUAAAACAAAAAAGAUAUUAAUUUAUGGCAGUAUUAUAAGUCAUCGUAAACAUUCCGCAAUACCGUCCAUACUAUAUUUUUUCUGUAAAAUUAAUCAACAUAUAUUUGUAACUUCUGUAAUAUUCUAGUCAAAAAGAUGAAGAAAAAAAAAAAAUAGCGAAUCCUUCCGCGCAUCAAGAUCCGUCACUAUUAGAAAUUUUAAAACUAUCGA